AUGUGGCGUAACGAGGCUUUUUAUUCAUCAUAUCCUACCACCUAUGAAAAUGAAUCACAAGAUUCACCUCUCGAUUUAUCAAAAAACAGUAAACGUUUCAAAUUUCAACGACCCAUGUCUAUUGAUGAAUCAAUGGAAUUAUCUGAAGAUUUGCGCGUUAGACCUAAUCAUAUUCUUGAUAGACAAAUGCCAAUAAAUAAUGUAUAUGAAGAACCACAUAUUAUCACGGAACCAAAAUCAGACUGGCAUUAUAGAAGUCUGAAAGAUUUAGCUAAAAAACAUAUACCAUUUCUAUCUGGUGAAGGCCCUCAACGAACACCAAUUCGAGUAAAAGUUCCUUUUCAAUACUCUCAAAUGAUGUACCUUGGUAUUGCAGUCGUAACUCAAGAUAACCAAAGUCAUGAUUCUAAAGUAAUUGUACCACCAAAAACAUGUGUCAGAAUAGAUCAAUUAUCUCACGAUAACAAUCUUCGCUGCUUGAAUUUUGAUGAAUGUAAUCCAGCAGACCAUUUUGAUCCAAACACAAGAAAUGUCUACUUACAGAUUAAUGCAGAAGAACAUGCAUCUAAUUUAAAAGAAGUGCGGAUUCACAUGUUUAAUUUAUAUCAAAAUCAAAUGAUAACUAAAGAAAUCAUCGAAACUAAAAAACUUGAUUCAUGUAAAUUAGCCUUUUGGUUAUGCUACCUUGAAAAUAAUCAAUACAUACCUAUCUCUCCACGAUCGUAUUCCACUAUUAUUCAAGAAACCACCACUACUACAACUGCCGCAUCCAUAGCUCACGCGUUUUGGCCAUUUGAUAAUAGUGCUCUUGAAUUAUAUAAUGGUCUUGAUGGUAAUCUUUCCGGUCUUCCAUCAUAUACAACUAGUUUUCUUGGAUACGGAGCAGCGAUCAGUCUUACUCAAUCAUCAUCUCAAUUUGUUUCGAUCACACCAGUGGUAAUUCCUUUGGAUUCACGUAGUUUUACUAUCGAAGCAUGGAUUUAUCCUAUUGGCUUUACAGGAGGCGAAUAUGGAAUAUUUGGUCAGUGUCAAUCUAUAAGUACCAAUUUAUGUUUUUAUUUUACAUCACGAAACAACAAGUUAUAUUGUGGUUUUUAUGGCAACGAUGUACAGGGUAGUACCACACUAACAAUGGAUGUAUGGACUCAUGUCGCUUGCGUCUAUGAUUCGACCAGACAAAUGCUAGAAGUUUGGCUUAAUGGUGUGCUUGAUGGUUCACAUUCUGGAAGUCCUUAUCAAGGUUUAUGGGGCAUAACAACUAUUGGUGCUACGAACAGUACAGGCAGUCUAGCUUGUUUCAAUGGCUACAUAGACCAAGUUCGAUUUGAGUCCAGAGCUAAAAAUAGUACUGAGCUCUGGAACGAUGCUUCUCUAUAUGUCUACUAUUCGUUCAACGAUAAUUCUCUCCUUGAUAAUGGUCCUAACGGUAUAAAUGGAACUGCUUCAGGUAGUCUAACAAGUACAACUGGUCGCGUCAAUGGAGCGAUUCAAUUUAGUUCGGGAUCCUCCAUAUACUACACAUAUGGUCCAUUUUACUUUUUGGGAAUUAGUAAUCAUGCUUUUAGUAUAUCUUUGUGGGCACAACCGACAGGAAGUUACGCAGACUCGACACUGAUUUUUAUGCAACAAUUGUCUGGCUGGUGCGUUCACUUUAUGGUGAUGACAUCAGCUGGAUAUCUAAGUGCACAUCUGUGGAAUGGCAACGAUGUAACCGCUAAUGGUCCCAUGCUUUCAUUAAAUAGUUGGACACACAUCGGAUAUACGUAUAGCUUAAGUAAUGGUAUUCAAUUAUAUAUAAAUGGUGUUCUGUAUUCAAAUACAGGCGGUUUUUCAUAUUCUGCCUCUGGCGUUCCUAUGUAUAUGAUUUUAGGCAACGAUGGUGGUCGAAAUGUCUGCUCUCCAGGUAUUGGAGGUUCAUUUACUGGUGCAUUUGAUGAAUUUUAUGUGCAUAGUUGUGAGUUAACGGCAUCACAAAUUAGGGCAUUAGCAAAUCCCUAA